AUGUCUAAACCUACCAUUGUACUUGUCCCAGGAGCGUGGCACCGACCACAACACCUCCACAAAGUUGUCGAUGGACUCGAGAAAGCCGGCUAUGAAGCCCAGGCUGUAGCUUUGGCAUCAGUCGACGCUUCACCUCCAGCCACCAGCUGGGACAAGGACGCCGAAGGAGUUCGAGAUGUGAUCUUGAAGAACCUGGAUGCUGGGAAGGACGUCAUUGUGAUUGCUCAUUCUUAUGGAGGGUUCGUCAUGUCAGAAGCCGUGAAAGGCCUAGGAAAGAAGGCACGUCAAGAUGGAGAUGGACCGAAGGCUGGUGUACUCAGGUUGAUUUAUAUGUGUGCCGUUGCGCCGAGGAAGGGGGAAACGGUUCAGGACAAGACAUUCCCUCGUACUGAGGAAGAGGCCAAAUUGGCGGAAUCCCAGAUGAAGUCCAUGAAGAUUGGAGAGGACGGAAGCAUGCGUCCCAGCCCCGAGGACGCUGAAGCCGCCAGUCAACAGCUCUACAACCGCUGCUCUCCAGAAGAUAUCGAGGCUGCAAUCGCUCAAAUCGGAACGUUCUCCAUCGGCCCGCUGCUGGUGCCUGCCACAUACACCGCCUACCUGGAGAUCCCAAGUACCUAUAUUCUUUGUGAGAAUGAUAGAGCCUUUGCCCCGUCCGCACAAGAAAGGAUCAUUGCGGAAGGCGAAGGCGCCUUUGAUGUCGUUCGCUGCCAGGAGGGCCAUUCACCAUACUUGAGCAAUCCUGGGUUGAUCGUCGAUGUUAUUCGCAAGGCCGCGGGCGAGGAUAUCUGA